AUGUCGUUCUGGAGAGAAACUUUCCUUAAUUUGCGUCAUGCCGUGCCGAAGACUGUCCCCGGAGAUCGCGCAUGCCGCGCCCAAUCGAAACGGCUUCUUACUUAUUCCUCACAGAGUCCUCGAGUGACUGCCCCGAACCAGUACUCGUUGUACGCUAAGAGACCCGGGUAUAGUGUGAGUCAACGGCGGGUAUGGAACGGAUUGAACCCUCAAUGCCGAAGCUUUUCGGCCUCCGCGGGAGUUCAGCAUGGCCAUAUCACACCUCCGAAACCCGGAGAGGAGCUCAACAUCUCUUUCAUUGACAAGGAUGGUGAGAAGUACGACUUCCAGGUAUCCGAGGGGGACAAUUUGUUAGACAUUGCGCAGGCCAAUGAUCUUGAGAUGGAAGGAGCUUGCGGCGGUUCAUGCGCCUGCUCGACAUGCCAUGUCAUUGUGGAGGACCCCGACAUGUUCGACAAGAUGGAAGAACCAUCCGACGACGAAAACGACAUGCUGGAUUUGGCAUUCGGGCUGACAGAGACAUCUCGGUUGGGUUGUCAAGUUAUCAUGAGCAAGGAGCUUGACGGACUAGUUGUCCGUCUGCCCUCUAUGACCAGGAACUUGCAGGCGAGUGACUUCGAGCCCAAGAAAUAA